GAUGUAAUGAAGGAAAUCAAGAAAAUGCAGGGACCAUCAACGGUAACAGAGGAUGCUUCCAAGAAGAUGAAGAAGUCAUCCAAGAAACCUAAGAAUAUAGCUGCGUCAUCUUCGCAGUCGAUUUCAGAAAAGGCAAAAACUGAAGAGGUAACUAAGAAAGGGAAAUCGAGUGGUUCUAAAACGAAUGAGCAUAAAGGAAUGAUUCGUAAUUAUUGGAUUGAGUACUGGGACAGAAAGCAGAAGAGAUGGAUUUGUGUGGACCCACUUCGUGCAAGUGUUGAUGAGCCAAAUUCCAUAGAAGAGAACCUUACGAAGCCAGUCAGCUAUGUGUUCGCAAUCGACAGUGAGGGUGGAGUUCGUGAUGUUACUGCUCGCUAUGCUUCUGAUUUCUUGCGUCCGGAGUUCCGUCGGCUGCGCACUGCGCAACAGUGGAUUGCUAAGACUCUUAGAAAGAAGAUGAUACGCGCAAAUCGCGAAAAAAGUGAGUUGGAGGACUUCCAUAUGCGACAGGAGCUAAUCAGUAAACCACUCCCAACUACGCUUUCUGAAUUCAAAAACCAUCCUCUGUAUGUUCUCGAAAAGGAUCUAUUGAAGUUCGAGGGUAUCUAUCCGAGACCUGAGGACCAAAAGCCAUUGGGUGAAAUACGUGGGCAUAAGGUCUAUCCACGCACUACUGUGUACACCCUACAAAGUGCGAACAAUUGGAUAAAGUUGGCUAGGAGCGUUAAGGAAGGUGAAAAGGCAUACAAAGUGGUUAAAGCCAGACCAAAUAUUCGUGUUCCCGUCGAAGAACGUGAGCAAAGAUAUCUGGAUGUUUUUGGGUACUGGCAAACAGAACCGUAUCGAUGUCCCAAAGUUGAGAAUGUGGGUGUAUUGCUC